AUGAGUUCAUCGCUGCAAACCGCCUUUUUGGGCUCUUAUUACCAAAAUCCCUUCAUGAAUGCAUCUGGGGUUCAUUGCUUGACAGUGAAAGAACUGAACGAGCUGAGCGCAUCUCGGGCCGGUGCCUUUAUUACAAAGAGUUGCACAACUAAAGAACGUGAAGGUAAUCCGAAGCCACGGUACUAUUCGGUACCUCUAGGAAGUAUCAAUUCUAUGGGUUUGCCUAACAAAGGCUUUGAUUAUUAUUUGAACUAUGUGCUCGACUUCCAAAGCAAAUCUUCAGAUUCAUUGCCUUUCUUGUCGGUCGCAGGGAUGAGUAUUGACGAAAACCUUCACAUGCUGCGGAUUGUUCAAGAUAGUGCCUUCAAUGGCGUAGUGGAGCUCAAUUUGUCAUGUCCUAACGUCCCAGGCAAGCCACAAGUUGCAUAUGAUUUCGAGGUCACUGAAGAAAUUCUGACUAAGGUUUUUGACUUUUACAAGAAGCCUCUCGGUGUAAAAUUACCUCCCUUCUUUGAUUUUGCCCAUUUUGAUGCCAUGGCGCAAAUUCUCAACAAAUUUCCUUUGGCAUAUAUAAACUGCAUCAACAGCGUCGGAAACGGAUUGUACAUUGACAUCGAGAGCGAAGGCGUGGUGAUCAAGCCGAAAAAUGGCUUUGGUGGUAUUGGAGGUGAGUACGUUAAGCCAACAGCUCUUGCCAAUGUUCGCGCGUUUUACUUGCGUUUAAAGCCCGAAAUCAAGAUUAUCGGUACCGGUGGAAUUUGCACGGGACGAGACGCUUUUGAGCACCUGCUUUGUGGGGCAUCAAUGCUCCAGGUCGGGACGCAGCUUUAUGAAGAAGGCGUCUCUGUCUUUGAUCGCCUCCAGCAAGAAUUGAGAGAAAUUAUGAACAAAAAGGGUUACAAGUCGAUUGACGAAUUUCGAGGAAAAUUGAAGUCAUUAUAA